AACAACCUGAAUAAAUGCUACGUUGCAUUUUGUUAUCUCUUCCGGAGAAAUUAUGUGCUAUCUCUCUCAUUCCCAUGAGUUCUGCAAACGUUCGCAAAAAUUUUAUAAUAAAUACUAGAAAUAGUUGACGCAAUUUAUUCAGUUAACACGCGACCGCGAUCAUGUCUCUACCUCCUAAGAAAACGUCGAAAAUUUCAUUAUCGAUGAAAAAAAAGAUCACAACCCCGAAAACUGUGCGAUUUGCCCCACCAACAAAGAAAGCGCAAAUCUUAAGUGAUGUGGUAGUGGUGCAACCCUCAACAGCAACAACAAGUUGCCUGCAUAUAAAGCAGCAACCACCGCCGUUGCUACCGUUGAGAUCCAUGGCGGGGCCGAGCUUACCACCCCUAUUAGAUGAUCAAUAUUCAAUCAUAACGAUUCAUUCCGAUGACGAGUCUGGGGCGCGACAAACUGAAAUACGCGCGGUGACUAUAGAGGAUCAUCAGUUGUCGCAGCUGAUGGAUGAGUUGGAUGCUACUAGUACGGUGCAACAAAAUCGAGUGUAUCCGCCUCAAAUUAGAUCACCCUCGCCAACUCAUCCACCACCAGCCGCAUUGCUAACAUCAAAGUGGCCCCAAAAUGAACAAACUACGACUUCGACGAGUAUCGCCCUUACAAGGAGCCCUGGGGGUAAGAGCCUGGAAACCAUGCUGCAGGUAUACGGCGUGGGAAAACGACUAGAGGACGAUGAAGAUAAUAAUAUCUUCAUGGAUUUCCCCACAGCAGCGACACCGAAGCAGGUAGCGCAGGCUACAUAUGCGCGCCUGCUAAAAAUGGUGCCAAUUUACGAACGCCGUAUGCUUGAAGCUAGGGACACCACCCAGCGGCUCAGCGUGGAGUUGGCGGCUUCACGCGAAAAUGAAGCAGCGAUACAGGGGGAGGUGGAGUAUAUCAAUAAGUUAAUGACAUUUUUAGUGAAUAAUUUGUAAAUAGAUAAUAAUAAAAUUAUAGUAAUAAAGGGUUAUAGUAUAUGUUCGUUGUCAUUUCCAUUCACACACACCAAAAGGGAAGAUUGCUUAAUUUUUUCAGCGUAGGUGAAAAACCUCGAAGAAUAUGUGGCAAAAGUUGCGCAUGAGAAGUUAGAACAAUUGUCUAACCAUAAGGUGUAGUUAUUGUAAUUUGUAUGUGUUAAUUAACUACAUACGUGUAAUUAAUAAAAAAGAGAUGCAAAAGGAGUUGAAGUGGUUGCUAAAUCGGAGAAUCGCCGGGUUGGGUGGCUUGCGGGGCGUGGA